AUUCCUGCUAUCUGGGAAUUUGAACGUGAUAAGGUGAGCUUAUUGAAGGAACUAGGCAAAGGCGCAUUCGGUAUGGUUUAUCUUGGUGAAGCUCAUGGUAUUAUUCAUGGCGAAUCGAAAACUAAAGUAGCCGUCAAGACAGUAAACGAAAAGGCUACCUUCCUACAGCGUCAAGAAUUUUUGAAUGAGGCCUGCAUUAUGACAGAACUCGAGUGCAACCAUAUUGUUAGAUUACUGGGUAUCGUUUCAAAAGGAAUUCCACCUUUAGUCAUCAUGGAGUUUAUGAUUCGUGGUGACCUAAAGAACUAUUUACGAUCGAUUCGUGAAGAUGCUGACAAUGCAGAUUAUUAUACGAGGCCCAAUCCAAACCGACCUACUGACAUCCAAUUUCAUAAAAUGGCUGCUGAAAUAGCUGAUGGAAUGUUGUACUUGGAGGAUAGAAAGUUUUUGCAUAGGGAUCUUGCCACUCGAAAUUGCUUAGUUAAUGGAAAUCUUGUAGUGAAGAUUGGAGAUUUUGGCUUAACUCGCGAUAUUUACACCAGCGAUUACUAUCAUAAGAAUGAAAAAGGGCCGCUUCCUGUGCGUUGGAUGCCUCCUGAAUCUAUAAGAGACAGUAUAUUUACAUCAGCUUCCGACGUAUGGUCAUACGGUAUUACUUUAUGGGAAAUUACUACCUUAGCUGAACAACCUUAUCCGGGAAAAUCGAACGAAGAUGUUGUUAAAUAUGUUCUCGAUGGAGGAUGCCCAGAGAGACCUCCGUUCUGUUCUGAUAAAUUGUACCACCUUUUGGCUAAAUGUACCCAAUUUCAAGCCAAAAUGAGACCAAAAUUUCGAACAAUUAUUGACUUACUACUUCCUGAUUUACCAGACACAUUCCAAGAUGUAUCUUACUAUCAUUCCGAAGAA